AUGUUUACGGCGGAUGUCCUUGGUUUUGAGCAGCAUUUCCGAAAUUAUGUAGAUUUGCAGGCCGUGCCCAGCGGUUACAAGUGCGACUGGAUGUACGAGUGCUACAAGGGCGUGCAGAAGAGCAACGAAGCUCCAAAGAGCCACCCCUCCGAGUGUGGAGCUCUGAAGAUGUAUGGUGUUGGCGCGUGCAUUACAGUGAGCUUGGCGCCACCUACGCCACCGAAGCCAAUUACAUCUGAUGAAGAAGCGACCGACGUUCCAAGUGACGAGGGGUCUGAAGAGAUUGAGGAAGAGGAUGAAGAGGAGACAGACUUGCCAGGAACAGUGGAAGAUGAGGUCGCGAAGAUGGAGAAGGAGCCUGACACACCAAAGAUUGAACCUGAACCUGAGACUCCUGAGACACCCAACUUUGAAGAAGAGGAAGAGGAGGAGGAGGCAGCCGCCACCGCUUCCAGGUGGCGGUGA